CACCAUGGCUAAAGGAGGGAAGAAAGGAGGAGGUGCUAAGGGUAAGAAGGUGACUCUGAAGAUGGCCAAGAACGCUGUGCGUUUGACUACUGACGGCCGCCGCAGACUGGACCUCAGUAAUAUGGGCAUCGCCACCUUCCCCAAGUGUCUCCUCAAACUACCAGACCUCAAUGAGCUGGACCUCAGCCGCAACCAACUCAAGAAGCUACCAGACUUCAUUGGUAUUUAUUUACUGUCCUUUAGUUCGUUUGACUAUUUUAAUGGUAGACUCGCGUAAUAACAUCAUAAUAUACAGUGGAGCGACAGAAUUCCAAUCGGCAAAGAAUUGAUUCGUGCCUUGAGGCAUGAUCACAUUGGGAAGAGCAAAUAGCAUCAGUCUUGGCAGAUUUGGAUUCUGUUGUUGAUUAGAUCUGUUAGCAAGUCACCCAGCUGUUUAUGAUUGUCAUAUUACUGAGUCCGCCUUUAAAAAAACACAGAACAAAGCACAUGCAUAGGAUGACACAAUUAAGUCAAACUUAUUUCCUCUCUGGUCAUCCAGGUGACCUGGCCUCGCUCUGCUGGCUGGAUCUCCAUAGCAACCAGUUGGAGGCCAUACCGGAGACCCUCAGCCAACUGGUGGCGCUCUCACACCUCAACCUAUCCAACAAUCGCCUGACCUCCACGGGUCUACCCUCCUCGCUGGGCAACCUAGCCCGCCUACGGAGCCUCAACCUGGGCAUGAACCGCCUGGACACCCUGCCUCCCACCAUGGUGGGGCUUUGUAGUCUCCAGGAGCUGGGGCUGUUUGAUAACCUGUUCUCCUCCCUGCCUGAGUUUAUCAAGGUGUUACCGAGCAUUAUCAGACUCAACACCAAGAGGAACCCUUUGUCCUAUGCUCAGGGAGACUCGGGAGCGACGAGGGGUGAAGGUGGGCUGGAGGAGGGGGUGUACCUGGCUAAGGAGGGGAGUCUGUGUGGGUCCUGUCUGGAGAGUUGCAAGGAGGAGAGGAGGUGGAUGCUAGGAGGGAGGAGGGACAGAGAAGGUGAUGCGGAGGGCAGGGGCGGGUCGUACUCCGGGCUGAUUACGCCCAACUCAGUGGCCCAAGCCAAUCAGGAACAGUGGAGG